UGGGCAGGAAGGAGUGGAAGAAGGGCCGGGGCGGAAACACAGGCCUCCAGGACUCCAACAGAUUGCUGUGAAGGAUGAAAUAAAAAACCGGAGGGGCAGGUAAGAAGGCCGGGAAAGGCCAGAAAGCCACCCGGGGGGACCCCAGGGGUGGGAUUCCUCACACAAAGCAAAAAACCCUGGGUUUGGAGAGGAGAGAGGCAAAAAGCCUUGGAGAAAGAGAAAGAACUCCAGCGAAGGGUUCCCCGCGAUCUAGAAUGAAAGAAGGCCAACAACAACACACAAAACAGCGCCCACAAGCAAGAUGGGAGCCCUCCAAAAAUACGCCUGGUUCUCUGAGCCGACAGCAGUCGGUGGUGGAGUGGGGAGUGGCAGCAGCGAGGGGUUGUCUCACGGUGGCUACACUGAUCUGCACGGGGAGAUCCUGACCGUGACUGUGAGCAAAGUGUGCAAGAAGCUGGGGAUUGCCAUCGAUGGUGGAGCCAACACCAAGCAAGAGGCUAUCAUCAUCAGAGAGAUACCGCCGGACGGCUCUGCAGCCAAGACAGCAACCCCACCUCUGAGGAUUGGCCAGCAGAUCCUGCAGGUGGAGAACACGUCUCUCUACGGACUGAGACACAAGGAGACUGUCAUGGCCAUCAAGGCCGCCUUUGAGGGCCCCAUAAACAAGACCCUCACCUUUGUCAUACUCAACACCCAGGAGGACAAUGAUGAUACUGAUGGAGCUCAAGAGCAGGGGCAUCCCCACGAGACUCCACCUGUCAUCCCCACACCACCUGAUCCACUCCCUCACCUGGUCCCCGAGACUGCCUCGGAGCCAGCCCCAGAGUUUCAACAACAGCCGACUCGCGUCCAGCUGAGGAAGAAGAAGAGACCGCCAGAGAUUGAACAGCGCAUGAGGGAGAAAGUUGUUACUGCAGGUCUGGAUGAGUUCAUAGCAGUGGCCUCGUCUGAUCUCCCAUCUCGCCACUUCCACACCCCUCCACCUCCCCCUCCCCCCGCCUCAUCCCAGGAGACUGGGGUGUCAUUUGGUGGCUACGCUAACCUCCGCGGAGAGAUACUCACCAUCCCUGUCACCAAGGUCAACAAGAAACUGGGCAUGGCCAUCGACGGCGGGGCCAACACCAAACAAGUGGCCAUCACCAUCAGACAGAUCACGCCGGACGGCUCGGCGGCAGUGUCAGGAAUGGGUCUGAAGGUCGGGCAGCAGAUCCUCCAGGUGAACUCUCGCAGUCUCCACGGACUCUCUCACAGCGAGGUCGUCUCCGUCAUCAAGAGUGCCUUCGAGGGCAUCAACAAGACCACCAUCACCUUUAUCGUCCUGGACCCUCCAGAGUAGCUGACAACACACACACUGAUAGCUCCAUUAUUCUAUUUUUAACCGGAAACCAAAAUAUUUCGUUAUUACACCACCUUUUUUAUAACCACUCUGUGCUUCCACUGUUUGUAAUACCUACACCACCCAUAACACUCUUUGUACUUCCACUGCUGAUAAGACCAUAUAAUAUAUUAAUAUUAAAUUAUGUCAUGACUUGUAGGUGCGUGCACCCAGCCAUGCAGGUCCAAAUAACCUACUGCAUUCAAAUCCUUAAAACACUGCUACUGCUUGAUGAUUUGUUUUAUAACUGCAUACUUGCAACAUUCAUUGCAUAUACUUCAAUUCCAA